ACCAGCCCCAAGGUUACCUUCACCAGGGAUGAGCUCCCAGACAACUGCUCUGGCAGCGCUUGUUAACACAACUUAUUUGUCACCCAGGGCAUUGCGAUCUAAGAUUAGACGCAUCACAUCUCCAGACAAGUCAACCUGCUCACCAUGCAUCCCCAAGCAACAGGUUCCAAACCAGGCGAUGCCGUCAGCCUCGGUCCACCAUGUGGAACCAACACAUUCUGAUAAGUCAAACGAUUCAAUUGAUGCUGGCAGUUUACUCUCGGCCAUUGAACAGUUGGAGACUGACCAGACAAAUGUGGAACCAUUACACUGGGAAAAGACAGUCCACAGCAAAUCAACCCAUAUUCCCUCCGAAGGCAAGUCGAAAUUAUCAUCAUGCAUGAUACCCAAUAUUUUGUAGGAAAUCAAACCAGAU